AUAUAUAUAUAGAGUGUAGAGAGAGAGAGAGAGAGAGAAAAAACUACGUAUAUAAUCCGGCAAGUAACGUCUCUAAAAGCUGAGAGUGAGAGAGAGAGAGAGAGAGAGAGAGAGAGAGAGAGAGAGAGAGAGAGAGAGAGUUUUAGAAAGAGAAAGUGCUUACAAACUGCAUGCAGAAGAAGAGAUGAUGAAAAUCUCUCAAACAAAGCAAAGCUCAUCAAUCAUCAAGUACUUCCUAAUCUUCCUCAUCCUCUCCCUCCCCCUCUUCCUCUUCCUCGUCACUCUCCAGCCCGGCCCACGGCGGGCCGCCGGCGGUACAAAAACUCCGACAAAACCCGGAUUCGAAUCCAGCGACCUCAGAAUCCGACCCGGAUACCAAUCCUACGAAGCCUACGUCCAACGACAACUGAACAAGACUCUCAACCCAAAACUGAGGCAGAUUUGGACGACAAGAGAUUGGGAACGCAAAAUCAAAGUUUUCUCUCGAUUCUUCUCGGAGCUGAAGAACCAGAGCCUUCUAUUUGAUAAUUCCAAGGCGCUUUGCAUCGGAGCGCGUGUGGGCCAGGAGGUGGAGGCGCUGCGGCGUACCGGCGUGGCGGACUCGGUCGGGAUCGAUCUGGUGCCGUGUCCGCCGUUGGUGGUCAAGGGAGACUUUCAUCACCAGCCGUUCGAUGACGCGACUUUCGACUUCGAGUUCUCGAACGUGUUCGACCACGCGCUUUACCCGGAGAAGUUCGUGUCGGAGAUCGAACGGACGCUGAGGCUCGGCGGGGUGUGCGUGUUACACGUGGCGCUAUCGCGACGGGCCGAUAAGUAUUCGGCGAAUGAUCUGUAUAGCUUCGAGCCGUUGGUGAGGAUGUUCGAGAAGUCCGACUUGGUUCACGUGAGGAAGAUUGACGGGUUCGGUUUGGACACGGAGGUGGUUUUCCGGAAACGACAAUGAUGCGACUGUCGUUUUUCUUCCACGUAUUUUUUUUUUCCUUUUCUUUUCAAUUUUAUUCAUUUUUUUUUCCUUCUUGUCAAUACUCAUAAUUUUUUUUGUAAUAUUUUAUUUUAUCAAUGAAUUGACAAUUCACAUGG